AUGCAUAUUACACUCAACCUUAUAAUAGCCUUCAUCAGCGGCGUAAGUGCCGCCGGUGUAACGGGCGCCGCUGAAGGGUUUGCCAAGGGCGUCACCGGCGGUGGCGAUGCCGCUGCUGUCUACCCCAGCACCACCGACGAGCUCGUCUCGUAUCUGGGAGACAGUUCACCGCGUGUGAUUGUAUUGGAGAAGGAAUUCGAUUUCACCGGCACUGAAGACACCACUUCUGGUACAGGCUGCGCCCCAUGGGGAACAGACGAGGGGUGUCAACUGGCUAUUAACCAGAACGAUUGGUGCUCUAACUACGAGUCCGAUGCGCCUUCGGUUGAUGUCUCAUAUGACAACGCCGGUCUGCUCGGAAUCACGGUAGCAUCUGACAAAUCUCUUGUCGGCUCUGGGACUAGCGGUGUGAUCAAAGGAAAGGGAUUGCGAAUUGUCAGUGGCGCAAGCAAUAUCAUCAUCCAGAACAUCGCUAUCACCGACAUCAACCCCAAAUACGUCUGGGGCGGAGAUGCCAUCACGCUCAACGACUGCGACAUGGUCUGGAUUGACCACGUCACUACUGCCCGAAUCGGUCGCCAACACCUAGUCCUCGGCACCGAGGCCUCCAACCGCGUUACCGUUUCAAACUCAUACUUCAAUGGCGAGUCUGAGUAUUCAGCCACCUGCGACGGCUAUCACUACUGGGGCAUCUACCUCGCCGGAUCCAACGACAUGGUUACCCUCAAAGGGAACUACAUCUACCAUAUGAGUGGACGUAGCCCUAAGAUUGACGGCAACACCCUUCUGCAUGCGGUAAACAACUACUGGAAAGAUUCCUCCGGACACUCUUUUGAGAUCGGCUCCGGCAGCAAUAUUCUCGCCGAGGGAAACUACUUCGAGGAUAUCCCGACCAUCAUGGAAUCCAAUGGUAGCCAGCUCUUCACGUCGCCUGAUGAUGCGGCGAACCAGGCCUGCAGCGCGACUCUGGGUCGCGUGUGCGAGGUGAAUGGGUUCGAGAGCUCGGGGGAGUUCAGCUCUAGUGAUGCCGACCUUUUGGUUAACUUCGAAGGGAAGAAUGUUGCCGCCGCGUCUGCUUUUACGGAGGCUCAGGGUAGUGUUCCGGGCAGUGCGGGACAGGGGAAGCUGUAA